AAGAACAUGUUAUUGUCACAUGACUGUGGCUAAACCGUGAACGCUGAUUAUUGCAUCUAUUCGUUGAUGGGUUUACAACACCACAGCAAGAAUGUUACAACUGAAAAAUCGUUUGAAAUAUUGCUCUGUCGCAAUCGCUGCUAACCGACUGGUUUCAGGGCCGAAGAAGAACCCUAUGGUGUUUAUGGACAUUGCAGCUGACGGCGAUCCCAUUGGAAGAAUUAUUAUUGAGCUGUAUGCUGACGCUGUACCCAAAACGGCUGCAAAUUUCCGGGCCCUCUGUACAGGAGAGUAUGGCUUUGGAUACAAGGGUUCGGAUUUCCACAGAAUCAUCCCUGAGUUCAUGUGUCAGGGUGGGGAUUUCACAAAUCAUAAUGGCACCGGUGGAAAGUCUAUUUAUGGAAAGAAAUUUAGCGAUGAGAAUUUCAAGCUGAAGCACACUGGACCAGGUGUUCUGUCUAUGGCAAACUCUGGGCCCAACACAAAUGGAUCCCAGUUUUUCAUCUGCACUGCAAAAACAGAAUGGCUCGAUGGCAAGCAUGUUGUGUUCGGGCAGGUCAAAGAUGGUAUGGACACAGUCUCUCUUAUGGAGUCCUAUGGCUUACAUGAUGGAGGAACUGUAAAAAAGAUUGUCGUUACAGACUGCGGAGAACUCAAGUAACCUGGGAAACAUCUGUUCAUUUUAAUAUGAUCAAACUUUUUCAUGACUGAAACUGCUUAUGCAUGUGUUUGGAAAAGAAAUGAUAUAUAUUUGUUUUCUACAUUUAUGUUACCUACCUACUUAUUGCCAUUUUAAUUUGUCAGUCUGUGGAUUCAUUAAGGUGUUUUAUGCUUGCUAAGUAAGCAAAAGACUCAGUAAGUAUGGUUAUUACUUACCCCUAGACAAGAAAUCUUGCUUAUGGGUCAAAUACUAUGGGCCAUGAGCAAAUUUAUACUGUUAAAGCUAUUUUAUAAAGGCUAUAUGGAGAUUGUUUAUCUUUUAAAAUCUAUGCCAGAGAAACCCCAAGAGGUAUUUUAAGUAAAUAAAUGCACAUGAAACUGG